AUGCCCAAGACGCAACCCAACCUGUACGCCUUCUCUGGCGUCGACACGCUCGCUCCGGCCCUCCGGCAGUACGUUAUCCAGAGCCAAAACGCCGGGUUUGCGCGCCACGAUAGCUUCAAGGUGGCCGUCUCGGGCGGCUCACUCCCCAAGACACUCGCCGCCGCCCUCCUCACGCCCUCGACGGGAUCCAACGAUAAGCUCGAUUUCACCCGGUGGGAGAUCUUUUUCGCUGACGAGCGCGCCGUGCCGCUCGACCAUGCCGACUCCAACUACGCCCUACUCAAGACGGAGCUCCUCGACAAGCUCCCUGCCGACCAGCAGCCCGCGGUUCACCCCAUCGACGCCACCCAUCUUGACGACGUUCAGGAGCUCGCCGACGCCUACGAGCAGACCCUCGUCGCGUCGUUUGCCUCGCGCGACUCGGUCCGCCUCCCCAUCUUUGACCUCGUCCUGCUCGGCUGCGGGCCCGACGGCCACACUUGCUCCCUCUUCCCCAACCACGCCCUCCUCCGUGAGACGAGCGCCUGGGUCGCCUCCAUCUCCGACUCGCCCAAACCUCCGCCCAAGCGCAUCACACUGACCCUGCCCGUCGUCACCCAUGCCGUACGCGUCGCCUUUGUCGCAACCGGCGCCGGCAAAAAGGAAAUCAUGAAGCAAAUCUUUGACACCGCAGACGGCCUGCCCUGCACGCUCGUCAACGAGGGUGCCGGAGACCGCUGCAGCUGGUUCGUCGACGAGCCGGCCGUCGAGGGCGUCGGCUUCCCCCGCCGCUCGUUCCUGUGA